AUGGCGUCGGUGGUUCCCAAUGAGAGUGUGACCGGCGAGGUGACGUGGGUCCCCACGGGCCGGAUGCUGAAGGGCACGCUCGUGAAGUCGUUCUGCCCGCUGGCGAGGCAUCCGGAGCUUGUGUACCACAGCAACUACUUCCAGGACGUGUUCGUUGGGGCAGAGGUGUUUGUGUUUGCGAUGACGAAGGACGGAAGGUGGUGUCGUGGUUACUUCUGCUGUCGCCCACUACCGCAGAGUUUUGCAGCGACGAUGACAGUGUUGGGGGAACAAGUGCCUGAUGUAACGGCAAAGACGGUGCUCUUGCCUCGCAAGUACAUCCACAUCGACGAGCAAGUCACUGUUGACACUAUGGACUUCUUUAAGAGCCCCGAGGAGCAGGACUUUAGGGACUUCGUCGAUACAGCUUGCGAGUCUCCCUCGCUGUACUCCUCACUUCUUAGAGACAACUCUACGGAUGCAGUGGCGCUUACGGCGAGGAAACCGUCCAAACCGCCAUUCCCGUACUUCAGGUACCUCCAUUUGCCCCUGAAGGAGGAACUCAGCGUCAUGCUUGCCGUUCUGUGCUCACACAUAUACGCCAUGUACUCCGCUGGGGAGUUCACCAUCUACGAGAAACUUACACAGUUGCACUACCAGUUGGAUGCGAUCCGGCUCAAGCUCGAGUACGGGCUCACCACGGCACAUGAGAGGGCCGUGACGGUGCACUCUGCGACGACACUUCUCGUCAAGAUCGCCAAGUUCUUCUCUGCAAGGGGGAGGACCAACAGACUCAUCACAAACGGGGCACCCAUCGUACCAGACCCGAGAGGGUACGAAGGUAUAUUUGCAAGAAGCAGUCACACGGGGGAAUUGCUCACUUUCGAGGGGACCAGUCUCCGCAGACUAGUCGCAGAUACUAUGCUCUACGGGUUGACUAACGACCCACUGGGGGUGAGAAGGCAGAAGUGCUCUCCGGAAAGGAGUCCCUUCGCAUUUGCAAAGACACAGUUGCUUAUAGAUUUCCACAAGAUACUACACGAGCGGGACCUCUCCGAACACCUUAACUUACACAAGGCAACACUCACUUUGUACCUGCGGACGAAACAGGUGAUCCUCACGGAACCGGUGUCCGUGCGCAUGGACGCCUCGGAUGGGGCAAGGGACGCGCUUACUCCCGUCCUGUUCACAAACAUCCCCACGGAGACCGUGGAUAACAACAAGAUAUACCUCGUGGUUGCCGUCACGGAACAGGUCCGCAUCAGCUUCAGGGGGAAGAUCGACAGUUCUGCGUUCGCGGCACCCUUCGUGCUCAUGGACGACACGGAGGACCGCAUGAGGGCGCACAGACUCAAGAGGGGUGUCUCCGUCGGCGUCAUCGACCUAUCGUCCACUUUCAACAAGUACUACUCAAGACCCAACAGCUGUGUUGCACAUAAACUUAAGGUCAACCUUUUCAGCGCACCCCCAAAUGCACAAUCUAAGGAGUCGGUGCCCCACUUUGGACUCGCUGAGAAAUUCGGGUGGGGGUCCAUCGUAGACAACCUCUUGAACGACUCCAGGAACGGGAUCAUCAUCAACCCGAGGGCGGUCGCGAUCACGGCGACCGUUAAGGAACUGGCCCCGGAGGAAUGCAAGUCGGAGCUGCCCUUAUCAACGGCAAACAUCCCGACUGCGAAAGUCCUAGAGGGCCUGUGUUCCAAGCAGGAGAAGUGUUACUUCACCCUCGGGAAGAUCUCCUUGUCCAACGUCACUCAGAAGGUGACCAACAUCAAGAAUAUAAUGAUUAAAGUGUUCUGUGAGAACAAUGAGAUCACAUUCUGCGAAAACGUCAACGAAAGGGUGCGCAAGGAAUGGAGUUUCCUAUCAGUUGGACCGGGAGAAACGAUCGAUGAAACGAUACGCAUCGGCAAUAUCUCACCGGACACGGUAAACGAAAACAUUACAAUAUACGCAUACCUGAACGGGUUCCUCAUGGCAAGGGCGACGUUACCGAUAGUAAAGUGCGGCAAAAUAGUAGAAUACGACAGUAGUACUGUCGUGCAACUGUUCUCCGCGCAGAAACGGCCCCUUAUCGACCUGCAGAUCCACACAAAGUACUAUGGGCAAAACUUCAACGUACCCACCAUUAUACAGGAGUUUGCCGAAUUGGCAGCACGCGAGUCGAUACCGGAAGGAAACUUCGUGGACGAAUGCAAACAGCUGCUAAGUGGGGUCAACGAGUUAGACAUUGAAGUAUUGGCCGUGUAUUUUGACAGCUUGCUACUAAACUACAUUAAAUUAAUUGAGUUGGUAGUGAUCAAGAACGUCGACAAAUUACCAGAGAGUCUCCCCAAGAUGAUAUUGUUUUCUUUGGUCCUGUUCCUCCGUUCUGCCAUGUCUCAGACGGAACACCAUAACUGUAAGGAACAAUUCUACAAGAUUUUUCAAGAGUCCCUGGAGGGUAAAUCUUCGCUUGUCUCAUCAAAUAUCGGGUACUCCAUCUUAUGGUGUUACAAUGUCACGAUAUCACAGCCAGCUAUUGCCAAGAAUGAAAACUGCACGCACAUGUGCUCGAUGGCAUUGUACCUCUACAUGCUCGCCAUGAUGUGUACACAGAAAGAGGACGAGAAGUGGGAAGAGCAGGCAACGCAAUUUGUCGUCUCCAGCUGCGACUUCUUCAAACAAACGGACAAAUCUGCCUCGAAGGGCCAGAUCGCCCUGUUAGAAAAUUACAUUGCAUGGCUGUCUGUCAUCGGGUUGCACAACGAGCCAGAGAGAUUGAUCUCCUACACUUCCAAAAUAUUUAGAAGUUGUGCAGUAAAGGAGAAGGUGCUUCAAGCGCGUAUCAGUGAUUUGGACGCGGAGGAAAUAAAAUACUUGGACGUCAAAAUGUUGUUACUGCGGCACGUUUUGGAAAACGAAUACGUCUACAAGUGUAUAUUCGAGACGGAACAAGUCAGUGAGAAAAUUACCCAACUAAUUGUAAGUUCCGUGAACAACAUUUUUGACGUAUAUCUUUUGGCAAACUCAGCACAACCGCCGUUGUCAACGAUAAGGUUAGCGAACAGUAGUUUUAUGUUCAUAUUGGAGAAUUCAAAAGACAAGUACCUUCUACGAAACAUGAUUAGGUUAAUCCCCAUGUGUUGUAAGAUCUUCCUCAUUUUGAGGAAGUACUGCAAGAAAUCUGAUUCGUUCAAAAGUAGGAGAACGUUCACUGAGCUCUUCCCGACGACGAUGACAUUUUCAUAUGUUUCCAUGGACUCAAUUGUCAAUGACGAAGUUGUCGAAGAGGUCCUACUGGAACUUGCCACAAUUAUCUGUCAAUUGAACAAGAUCGCAUGGCAACUAUGUGGCGACUCACCGUCGUUCACGAAAGUUAUCGAAGAGACAAGAGACAGUGCAUUAUUCCAGACUGGCAUAUAUUUGCAGAAAAUGUCAAGCGAACAUAUCCACACCAUAACAAGGACUAUAAAACUUCUAUUCAGGGGGGAGUUCUACUCAGAGAAAAAAUGGCUGGGAAUAACAGCAUUAUUUGCGCGUACUGGGCUCAACAUGCUGUCAAUGUGCAAAGAUUUUAUGGUUUCAAGUACCAACGCCCCUGAGAGCGGUAGCACAUUAACCGACAGUAUCUGGAUAGACUACUUGAAAUGUCUGUUGAUGGUAUCCAACCACAAAGUAUGUGCGCUCGUCAAAUUGGCAAUCCUACCAAGAAAGGCGGUCUAUUUUAUUACAGGUGAUCUCGAGAAACGUGCAUCUAAUCUGCUAGCGACAUGUUGGACUGCACUGGGUAAAGGGCAAUUUAAGAAGGAGCUGGCUGUUAAGUUUGGUGUCGGGGAGAUUAGUGACCGUCAGUUCCGGUUGAUCUCUGACCACCCAAUUUUGCUCCGUGAUUUGUUUAUAUUCUCCUUCCAUAAACACAUUGAUGCUGUAAGGACAAGCUGUGUCGUCGUGUGGAGUUUGGUUGUGAACGUUUGGGUAAAAUUUGGUUCUCUGCAGCCACUACUUUAUAUCUGUAUUCCGGAGUUGUACAACGGCUAUCAAGAGGGUAAACUAAACGUGGACGAUGAUGACUUGAACAAGUACAUCAACUGUGUCAUGUACACUGUGCACAUGCCGAGCGAUGAUCCGCUGUAUAUGGCCGUUCUGGAUAUGUUGAAAGAGUUGAUUGGAUUUUUGCAGAUUGUUGCAGAAGCGUAUAAGAUUACCGGGCAGGAAGAGUUUGAUGACGAUAGAGUGUCUCGGUAUAUUGAAAUGUUUGGUUAUCUUCUCAAUGCGAACCAGCCUGAACUUUUCCACAAGUUGAUUAGUGAUAUUUUCAUCCAUUCGAUAAAAAAACGCGAUCACGUCCAGGCGGCUUUGAGUUUGGAACUAUUGGCGAGUACGUAUACGUGGGAUCCGAACGAUUAUUUGGAUGCGAUUCCUUAUCCACCACUACCGCCACAGUCAUCCUUUGAAAGGAAAGAGUAUUUGUACAAGGAGGCUGCCCGGAAUUUUACAGAAGGGUUAAAGCCAGAGAAGGCCCUUUCCGUUUACAAAGAUCUGAUAAAGGCGUACGACGAGAUCAGUUACGACUUGAACGGGUUGGCGUUUGUUCAUGACCAAAUUUCGCAGAUAUACACUGAGUUGCAGUCUGUUGACAGAUUAGUACCGACUUAUUUCAAAGUGUCAUUUAUGGGGUUCGGGUUCCCGAACUCUCUGCGGAACAUGAUGUUUAUCUUUGAAGGUUUAUCCUUUGAGCAUAUCACAUCGAUGCACGGCAGAUUGCUGAAGUUGUACCACGGGUCGACGAUUGUGAACUCCCAAGAGAUGGUGGAUGAGUUACUGAUGAAGCCGACAAUGGGUAAGUACAUCAACGUUACGACUGUGGAGCCUCAGUUUGAGCUGUCCGAGGAGUAUGCCAAAAGUAACAAGACGAACAUGAUCAACGACAAAGUGAGAAUGUACGUUGAGAACAGGAACCUGAGAACUUUCAGUAACGCAAGGAGGCUACCCGGUUCCAAAGGUGUAACUGACCUGUGGGUAGAAGAGUACACGUACAAGACUGUUUCUACUUUCCCCACGCUGAUGAAUAGGUCCCCCGUUGAGAGUGUUAUGAAACGGAAGCUUUCGCCGCUGGAAAACGCGGUCAAGUCCCUGCAGUUGAAGAUCCAAGAGCUCAGCGGGCUGGAGAGCAUGUGCUACAAGACUGUAAAGGACCAGGACGACCCGUCGAACGUGUUCAACGAGUUAUCCCGGAACAUAACGGGCACGAUCUCUGCUCCCGUGAACGGCGGGCUGUCGAAAUACAAGGAGUUCUUGCAAGAACCGGUUUGCUCGCAGGUGGACAGCUACGAGCUGCGGAAACUUGUCGCUGCGUUUGACGAACUGGCCGUUGUCUUGAGCCGUUGCCUCGUGCUGCACAUGGAGCUGAUGCCCGCAACGCAACCGCGAGACACGCACGAUAUCCUGACGGAACUGUACGAGGAGAACUUCCACGAGGAGAUCAAGCGGAACAACAUAAAACUUUCUGAGAUGUCGCUAGCGAGUCUAAUGAGCCACGAGGGGCUCCGGACUGCAGGGCGCACCGCUCUCAAGAGACCACUCCAACCGCAAAGUCAUGAAGAAGUCCUUCAGCGGGCGAAACCCGUUCAACUUGCAGCCGCACCUGACGCUCCCACCGCAGCAUUCGGGCCCGAGCAGCAGCAUAUCCCUCGAGGACCGCCGCAGCAGCAGCAACACGACGGGGAACGUCGCGGUCGUGUUCGACAAGUACAUCAAGUUACAACCGCUGUCGCAGAGGACGCUGUCGCCGACACCCAGUUCAGGUCCAACCCGGGAUCGAGGCGAGGGAACCCCGGAAACAACGCUGCUCAACCUGAACCAGGCGUACAAUCACUCGCUGCACAUCUAGCGACGCUCAGGCGGUUUUGCUGGGGCCUGGAGGCGGUCUGGCCGUGGUCCAUUGGUAGGGACCCGCAAGAGGUGUCACUUCUGACGGAAACGGCUGCUGUUGGACGACGAUUUGAAGAAGUUGCAGAAGAUAGAGGGUGUCUCAGUAUUGAAGUUGAUGGUGAGGGUUGA